CUUGGCAGGAAAGUACUGCAUCCGAACCCAGGACGGCGGAGAACGACGAGGAGCUCACGGCUUUAGAAACAACCACUGAAGUCGUGAAGAAUCUGCUUGGGCUUGGUCUUGCCGAAAGAAAAGAUGUCGCGGGGACUGAAGCUUGCAACUGAAACUCGGAGCCGGUACCGAAGACGCUGCAGGAUAGGCUCGGAUGGGCAUUUUUGGCUUGGCUCUCGGGCUGGAGAUGGGUGAUGAAGUCCUUGACGCACUCGGACAAGUCGAAACGGUCGCUUUCAGGGUCGAGGGCGGGUCCUCGUGAUGGUGGGCUGCGGCAUGCGAUGGAGAGUUGCUAUUCUUUGGAGCUCUGCGCUAUCGGCUUUCCAUUUAAGUGGCGGCACUGUGGAUGUGGAUGUCGGAACAUGUCGUGGUACUCGAAAAGACCCUUUGAGCAUGUAAGGAGGCGUCCCGGGGUGCCGACGCACUUGGUUCGGCCAUUGUGCUGUUGUAGCUGCUGCAGAAGUUUAGUUCGGAUUAGUGAACCAUGGGGAGAAGGUGGUCAUUGCAGUAACACAAAUAUCACCAGGGAUGGCAUCGCACAACGACAGCAAUGCAGUCAGCAAAUCAAUAGACAGAAACCGAGGCCAAAUACACUUGCAGUUGACAGCCCUGGCUUCACAAUCCGCCGGCAUCAUCCUGACACUUGUCAGGCUCACCAGGACCAAUGUGUUCGCCGUGGCCCAUCCAUCUCGUGUCUCGAAGGAAUUCAGCCAUCACAUGCUUCCCGGUGGUGAAGCAAACACCGCCGGGAUGAUUCCGACAAGUGGUGACGUGAAAUGACACGCGAAACAAUCCAGAAAGUCUGUUAUUGCCAGCGAUUCAUCUCCUGAUUCGGUGGCUAAGCAUGGACGGUCGG